AAGCAGGUCCAAUGCUUGCAAUUUCGGCUUUUUCCCACGCACUCCGCUUCAUAUCGGGAAGAGUGGACUCUGCCAACCCAUAUUCCCACGAAGGUGCCUGAUGUCCUCGCGGAGGGUUUUUACAAAAUAGUUGCUGAGCUCGCCUUUCCGUGCCCAUAUGCCAUGGCUCGCCGUACCCAGGGAAGGAUUAUCGUUUCCUCGGACAGUGAAGAAACCACGGACGGGGAGUCGACGACUAAUGGUGCAGGGAAUGCUGGGAAUGUGGGAGGACGCGCCCCGACGAGUUCAGGUCAAGAUGGACGAGGGAACACGAAAGGCACUCCGGCCGGCGUGGUGCAAGUGAGGAGGCAGAGGAAGCAAACACAAACGUGCACAGAGAGCUUGAAUGAUACGAUAGAAGCUAGAGGAAGUCGGCCGCCAGCGGGGAGAGCUGCCAGAGUCACAGACACUACAACCAUGACCUCCAUACGGUCAGACGCAGCGUCCAGUAGUACCCAGCCCGCUUUGAGGAGGACCACGAGGCAGACUGCCAGGCUUGCGUCGUCCGUGUCGGCAAAAUCGGACGAGAGGGUGAAGUCGCUGGAUGCAUGGCCGAGUGCCUCUGCAGAACCCAUGUCAGUAGAAACCUGCACGGCGGCAAAAGGGAGCAACAAACGAACGUAUGCUUCCAGAACUCGAAGCAAACCAGUCCCAGACUCAAACGAAACACCGGCUUCAACUGGCACAUCAAAGGAUUCUGUCUUCCACGUAUCGUCAGAUCCUGAAUCGGCUGACGUUGCCAAAACCUCGAAACGCGGCGGACUGAGCAAGCCAUCACCUGCGAGACCGACAACGGGAAGGACUACGCUUGCCAAGCGUCGAAAGGUAGAGAGUGGGAACAUUCUUGAACAGCUCAAGGCACAGAACGAAACGGCGCGGAAUGUCAUGGAAUCAGCAUCUACGGCGCCGCCUGCCCGUCGAAAGCGAUUUGUCAUACCCGGCGACUCUAAACACACCGCAACUACGCCUUCGGAGGCUGUCCCGGACACAAAGCUCUGGAUUGACCAAUACGAACCCUCGUCAGAAGAGGAGCUUGCAGUCAACAACAAAAGGAUUGCGGAUGUGCGGGACUGGUUGCUGAAGGCUAUUACCGCACCACACUCGCGCGCAGGCCGUGCCGGGUCUUCGCGGACCCCGAAAGUCUUGGUGCUUACCGGUCCUUGUGGCGCAGGGAAGACGGCUGUAGUGCGGAUGCUCGCCAAAGACAUGGCGCUGGAAAUAGUUGAGUGGAGCAACCCUGUGAACACGAAUGCGAUGAACCUUGAUGCGCAGGAACCGCUCAGGGAGGGUGACUAUCGUCGACCGUACCCAGGCCAGUAUUUGUCGCUGAGCGGCGCUUUCAAAGACUUCCUUGGCGCUGCCGCCAAAACGCCGGCGCUCUCGUUCCAUCCUGGAACAACAGCAGCUUCAGAUGCAGAGGAUUCCGAUCGACAAUUCUAUCCUUCACCAUCAUCAUUGCCAAUUCCAAAAGUCCGUUCCAACACGCCGAAAAUUAUUUUGAUCGAGGAUCUCCCGAAUGUCAGCCACCUUGCCACGCGAAGCGCCAUCCACUCCGCGAUCAGAUCAUACGUCCGGUCGCCGAGAAGUAGAUACCCAUUGGUCUUCAUCGUGACGGAUGUCGCGGCGAUAGACGUAAACGAGGGAAGGCGGAGAAUGAAUCAAGACGGUAUCAUUACACCAAGGAUCCUUAUUCCGCCAGAUGUGCUUUCCUCUGCUGCUUGUAAACAAAUCAGCUUCAAUCCGAUCGCUCCAACAUACCUCGUCAAAGCUCUUACACGCAUUUCCGAGCUCAAUUUCCGAUUUCCUCAUCACGCCGCCUAUCGCCCCGACAAAGAGAUGAUCCAACUGAUCGCGAAAUCAAGCGGAGGUGACAUUCGCUGUGCCAUCAACGCACUGCAGUUUUUGACGCUGAGAGACUUGAAGGGUAUGAAGGCGGCCAUGAAGGCAGGCAAGAGCAAGACGGCUGCGAAGAGUGAGGAAAAUUCGACGAUGCUGGAGUUUGUUGGGACACGGGAAGUCAAUCUUGCAAUUUUUCAUUCGCUGGGGAAGAUCCUGUAUAGUAAACGGACAGAUGGGCAAUUUGUUAACGACACUUCGUCAGCGCAAGUCUCCGACCUUCCACCGUUUUUGGCACAACAUCGACGACCACCAUUGGAAAACAAUCCUGAGAACGUGAUAGCAGCCUCCAAUCUUGACGCCGAGUCUUUCGCGCUGUUCUUACAUCAGAAUUGCUUGCACUUCUUUGCUGAUGUGGACGAGGUUGCCAACGCUGCCGACUACAUGAGUCUCACAGAUACGCUGUGUGGAAAUUGGCAGAAUAUACCCGCCCUAUCCCCCUACAUCGCCUCCAUAGCAUCGAGAGGGCUCUGCUUCUCCCAUACCCAUCCCGUGCCACCCCAACGCUUCCGACAACUUCACCGACCGGACAUAUGGGCACUUACUCGCGUCAAGCAGGAGUUGCAGGCUAAUGUGAGAGGAGCUGCGUUGGAGUGGGCGAGAGACGGCUGCAAGGAGGAGGGUCUGGAUCGCAGGAGUGUAAAUGCGCCGCUUACUGGUAUGAAGUCGAAGAUUGCAUACGUACAGUGGUCAGGCCAAGCUUACUUCCCGCGAACUGCAGCAAUGUACUCCGAAUCGGCUCUGUGCCAUGACAUAUUGCCGUACAUGCAUAUCAUCAACAGCGGUCAGGCGCAACAGCAGCAAGGUCUUUAUCGAUCCUCGUCCGCUCUUGGUCAACAGCUCGACCGCGUGUCCCUGUGUAUGUAUUCGCACAGGCGUUCGCGCUAACAUGCUUUAACAUCCGGUGAUCUCACUCAUGACUUCCUGAAAUCAUAUCACAUUACAGCACCACAUCACACCCACUUGCUG